CUUGGAGGUUGGUGGAUUUAUAUCUAGGAUAUCAUUGGUUCUUUUCUUAAUUCUCAUCCGUAAAACGAAAGUUUAGAUAAGGUGAUAACCCCACGUGGCUCAAACCCAAUUCUCUCCUCAAACUGCAAACACCAACACAUAUUCCCUUUCCACUUCCACCCCAACCAAAGCCAUGGCCUCCCCCACACUGCUAACCCCAACUUCCAAACUCAAACCCCUCCUUCCCAUCAAAUCCAAAGCCACCCCCGCCGCUCAAACAGCGUCUCCUCCACCGCGACAACAACCCUUACGGCGCCACUUCUUGUCUCUUGCUGCUGCCACCACCACAGCAACUCUUUCUCUUGCAGGGCUUCUGCCAGUGACACCGGCAGUUGCUGCCCCGGAUGAGGAGUACGUGAAGGAGACUGCUGAAGUGAUCAACAAAGUGAGAAGCACCAUCGGUAUGGACAAGAAUGAUCCCAACGUUGCUUCUGCUGUGGCUGCCCUUAGAGAGACAUCGAAUUCUUGGGUGGCUAAGUACAGAAGAGAGAAAGCUUUGCUGGGUAGAGUUUCUUUCCGUGAUAUUUACUCAGCAUUGAAUGCUGUUUCUGGGCAUUAUGUUAGCUUUGGCCCAACUGCACCAAUCCCAGCAAAGAGAAAGGCUAGGAUUCUUGAAGAAAUGGACACCGCAGAGAAAGCCUUAUUGCGAGGAAGAUAAACACUACUACUGGUGGUCUCCACUCAGGCACUCACUAAUGGCAGCCGGAUUUUUUUUUCUUAAACCUCAAGAUUUAACAGCUUAAAUGGCACUUAUUUAAUCUAUCGACUUUGAGACCGCAAAUUGAGGCUCAGUUUGUGAAUUAUGAGAAGGGAAAUCUCCGAUUCACUGGUAGGUUUUUUCUAAGAUGGUUAUAAAUUGCGUACUAUAUAUGUUUACUAGGAAUUGUAUCUCUACCGUCUUCUAGAUUGUCAGUUUAUGGUGCUAUGGAUAUCAUUGUUAACAUUCUGUAUUGAAGAAAAAAAAUGCUUAAGUCGCAUUACCAUAAUUUGGUAUUUGAAUAUAUGCUAUUA